UCAAAAUUUUGGUUUUCUUGUUUUCAUUUAAUAAAUAUUAUGGCUGCGUUAGCCAUUUUAAUGCAGCAUAUCAGCCUCAUCUGCGUAUCUUUACUGAUAAAAGGAGCUCUUUGCAGGAAUGUUGACGUUAAGGAGUUUCCAUAUCUGGGCACCCUCCGAAAUUUAAAAAUGGAGUCUGAGGCAGCUGGCAGUGGAUAUGUAUGUGCGGCGACUCUUAUUCAUAACCGUGUGUUUAUCACAUCCGGUGAAUGUAUACACGGGAAAAGACCAGAAGAUCUGAUAGUUGUAGUAGGGACUACGUUAAUAAGGGGCUUACCUAAGACAAUACUGGUACUGAGAAUCGAAUACAUGAGACUGCAUGGAUUGUAUGUGCAUAAAAAGCAUGAUUACAAUAUUGGAUUAAUCUUCACCUCUGAGGAUACACCACCCAUUAAGAACGCAAUUGGAUAUGCACCAUUAAACAAGAAAAAGAUACCACCUCAUACCAGAUGUCAUAUUAUCGGCUGGGGUGUAGCUGCUGACGUAAGCAUAUUAACAAUUAUAUCUCCUAUAUUAUAACAUGAACAUAACAUG